AUGGGUAAAGGCCACAAAUCAAAGAAGAAUUCGGCUGCAAGUAGAAGUGGUCCUCGAGCAAGAGCCGUUCCUGCUUCUAGUCCGCACUGCCAGACCUUAGAAGAAGACGGAGUCACCCAAUGCUCGCUACGCGCCACACACGGAUAUCCACUCCACGACCGUUGCAAAGCCCACCACCAGCAGUAUCGGAACACGUACGCAUCGUACAAGAAGGCAUCCUGUAUCGUCGACCGGGUCAAGGGAAGUCAUACCAUCCCCACGAAGAAGCAGAUUUCCCAAUACACGAUUCACCAAACGCUGGAUAGGGCAGGUUGGAUGCGACUAUACCUGCAGGCGAUGCGGGUUGAGAAGAUGGGACGAGAGAUGCAUAUGAGACGUUUUUUCGCUAAAUCCGACGACGCACAUACAUGGCGGGUCAAAGUGCUGGCGAAGCAGAUAGUGGAAGCGGUCAAAACUCUGGACGCUCUACAAGCUCACGCGUUCAGGAUACGGACAUCGGGAGAUCCUGAGCAUGAUUUGAUCAAGGAGCUCACUUCUCCUUCCCCGCCGAUCGAUGAGUGGACCGAUGAGAAGCUACCACUGUCUACUCAACGUGCUGUCAAUCAAGCCCCGUCCUCUCAGGGUAGCCCACAGCCUCUACCUCAAACUACGCUGAAUGAUCAGCCGGUCGGACGACCCCGAAGAAGAAGACAUAGACCUCGCCAACCUGGUCAUCAGAGCUCAGAAGGAGAGACGGCGCCUUGCGAAGCUCUGCGCGCGAAGAAGUUGGUUAUUCGCCGUGAACGCGACUCGCAUGAAUGCUUGAAUACAUCGUUGGAAUCGUUUAUGGAGUUUGUGAGGGAAAGGUUUACGUUGGGGACCGAAGGUCUUGGAGCGCGACAUGCGACAAACAUGCAGGAUGAUCCCAAUGGGGAAUCAUCGUGCAAGUGGGUAAUUAUUGGACGUGGUAAUAUUUUCGACUCGCGGCUGUGUCAGAUUAUCUUUAUGAAGGAAGGAUACCAGGGGUCUACUACUUAUCUGACCGGGGGUGGAGGGCAUGAGUAG